AUGGCCGUGCUGCCAUCAUCCGCUCUGCCCUGCGCCAUACAUGCCGGUACUUACCCCAUUCCUUCACCUUGCUCCCUCUCCUUCCCACCCCUCUCCUCCAUCCCCCACACUCUCCUUCCCACCCUUUCCUUCACUCCCUCCCUCUCCUUCCCACCCCCUCCUUCAAUCCCCUCCCUCUCCUUCCCACCCCCCUCUUCACUCCCCUCCCUCAGUCUCCAGCCACCCGUUCGCUCCUCUCUUGUCAUCCUCAUCGCGGGUUCAGACGCUGCUUGGAGACAACACAUGCCGCCCCCCUUGCACCCCGUAAACCUGACUGCCGCCCUGCACAAGGAGUGCACCCGUGCACAUCUGCCCUGUGAGGUGCUGCGAGCACAAGAGGACAAAGACCCGUGCACUGAUCAGUUUGCCCAGAAAAGGCUGGGGUGUUUUGGGAUUGUGUACUCCCAGCUGUCCGUGGGCCAGGGUUCCAGCUUGGGGUUUCAAGGGGUGCUGAAAUGGAUAAGGGAGCAGCUGAAGGGAUGGGAAGGGAAGGGGGGGAGCACGGUUGAGAGGAAGGGAGUGAGAGGAGAGUUUAUAGAGGAUGAUGAGUAUGCUUGUGCGGGGAGGGAAGUGGAGCAUGUUGGUGUUCAAUAUGAGGAGGAGGAUGACCUAUGGGACUCAGAUGAAAAUCCCGAAAGUGAUAAGAAAACUUAG